AUGCGAGAACAGGAGGAUGAGCGUUAUCCAACUCAACUGGCAAGGCACAUUAAGUUUGGUGCAACCAGCUACCCUCUAUCAACAGUAUUCUCGCCUGAUGGUCAGUUUCUCGUCUCUGGUUCAAAAGAUGGUUUCAUAGAAGUGUGGAAUUUCAUGAAUGGCAAAUUGCGUAAAGAUCUAAAGUAUCAGGCCCAAGACAAUCUGAUGAUGAUGGAUGAUGGCGUAUCAGCGCUAUCAUUCUCAAGGGAUUCCGAGAUGAUUGUGUCUGGUAGCGUGGACGGACGAAUAAAGGUGUGGCGAAUCCAAACUGGCGAUUGUCUGCGACGAUUUGAAAAGGCACAUAAUGCUUCUAUCAAUGCGGUACGCUUCAGCAAGGAUAACUCCCACGUUCUUUCAUGUGGCAAUGAUCAUCUUAUUAAAGUUCAUGGAUUGAAGAGUGGGAAGUGUUUGAAAGAACUACGAGGGCACACUUCUUUUGUCACAGACGUGCGAUAUCUUGAGGAGUCAAAUCAAGCGAUUUCUUCCUCUGCUGACGGUACUUUGCGUGUUUGGAGUCUCAAAACAGCAGAAUGCGCCACAACAUUCCGAAUCGCCGGAGACACUCCCGUCAAUUCGGUCACUCCU